AUGGAAUCUCAAAACGCUUUCUCUCAGUCUGAAGGCUUCGUUAACCUUCUAACUAGCCAGAUACCUCCUGACAAUUACUCGCCUUGUACUGAACUGGGAUCAUCAGACUUUCCUGUGUUUAGUACACAAGGUUCUGAUGAACCUACGGCUAGUAAAGUCAGAAAGCAAUGGACUCCGAAGGAAGACCUCGUUCUCAUAAGCGCAUGGCUCAAUACGAGCAAGGAUUUUAUUGUGGGGAACGAACAGCGGGCUGGUGCAUUCUGGCAGAGGAUUGAAGUCUACUAUAAUGGAAGCGAUGACCUGAUUGGACUACCAAGAAGAGGACAUUCACAGUGUAAGCAGCAAUGGGGUCGUCUCAACGACCAGGUGUGCAAGUUUGUUGGUGCAUACGAGGCUGCACAGAAGCAAAGGACAAGCGGUCAAAACGAAAACGACGUCAUGAAGGCAGCCCAUGAGAUAUUCUUCAAUGACUAUCUCAUCAAGUUCACCCUCGAGCAUGCAUGGAGGGAGCUCAGGCAUGACCAAAAAUGGUGCACCACUUUCAAUCCUGCUACCAAGGAUGGUGAGAAGGCCAAACGAAGGAAAGUUGACGACACGGCUAACUCUUCCAGCUCAGUCGCCGAUGAUGUCUUCGUUGAGGCUCGGCCACCUGGUGUCAAGGCGUCCAAGGCGAAGGCUAAAAAGUCAGCCGGAGGGAAAGCUCAAGAGAAGGAGGUCAAGGACUACACAAGUGUGUGGGAAAUCAAACAACGAGACUUGGAACUGAAAGACAAGCUUAUUGACAAAAGAUUACUUGAAAAACUGGUAGUCACGGGUUUAUCUGGCCACUACAUAGUCACGGGUUUAUCUGGCCACUACAUAGAUGCGUACAAGAACUGGGGCCAUUGUACACCAAUUAUAUGA